AAUUGACUUUUUUAUUGACAAGCGGAGCGAAGAAAAAUUAAAAAAAAUCCGUUGCUACGAUUGUUUUCUUGUUGAUUUUUAUUUAUUAAACAAAUAGAAUAACUUAAAAUGUCGUUCGAUUUGAACGCAAUAUGUACAGCUUUAAACGAACCAAAUAGAACAGUGAGUGGUGUUGAUUUUUCUGGAAGAUCGUUGAAAUUGGAUAACGAAAACGAUGCACAGCCAAUUGUGAAUGCUAUCAAUGCAUGUCCAGACUUAGAAUACCUGACUUUGACGGGCAACACUCUUGGAGUGGAAGCCGCACGAGCCAUAGCUAAAGCGUUAGCCCAGCAUCCCGAGUUAAAAACAGCGAGAUUCUCAGACAUGUUUACCGGGAGAAUGAAAACAGAGAUCCCACCAGCUUUAAGUGCACUCGGUGACGGCAUGAUAGAAGCCGGUGCCCGUCUUUCGAUUCUGGACUUGAGUGACAACGCGUUUGGUCCCAUCGGUGUUGAGGGUUUGGCGAAGUUGCUACAAAGCGAUGUGUGCUCACAAUUACAGGAGUUACGCCUAAACAAUAAUGGUUUAGGUAUAACCGGAGGUCGGUUGCUGGCGAAGGCUUUGUCAGCGAAUCCGCGCAGCCUCCGUGUGUUCAUAGCGGGACGCAACAGAUUGGAAAACGAGGGGGCGAAAGCGUUGGCUGGUGUUUUUCGAUCGAUGGGCACCCUGGAGGAGAUCGCGAUGCCGCAGAACGGCAUCUACCACGUGGGCAUCGCGGCGCUGUCGGAGGCGCUGAAGCACAACCCGCGCCUGGCGCGCCUCAACCUCAACGACAACACCGUCGGGCCGCGCGGCGCCGCCGCCCUCGCCGCCGCGCUGCCGAGAUUAAAAAACCUGAAAUCAAUAAACUUUGGCGACUGUCUGCUGAAGAGUUCGGGCGCUCGUGCUUUGGCGCAAGGGCUCAAGGAGAACUCUGUCUUGUUAGAGUCAGUCGACCUCAGCCACAACGAGAUCGGCCGCGAGGCGUGCAUGGAGGUCGUGGACGCGCUGACGGCGCCGCCCGACAGCGCGGAGCGGCUCACGAGGGUCGUGCUCGCGGGCAACAGUUUAGGAGGUGCGGCGAACAAGCAAACGAUGAAAAGUAAACUGGGACCGUCGGCGGAACUCAGCGACGGCGAAGGAAGCGAAGACGAAUAUGUAUCCGGUUCGGAGGAUGACGACGAUGAAUCCGAACAGGAGAAUUCAGAGGAUAGCGCCACGGAGGACGCUCAGCACUUCGAGACCGGCCUCGACACCGGGAACGUAACGUUGGAGCAGACCGAUAUCGUAAAAGAAGUUGAAACGGACGUCGGUAAAUUCUUGCACGAACCAACGUUGGACAAUCUGACCAAGCUUGGAUCAAACGCCGCUGACGUCAUCGAUGUUCAUCUACAGUCAAUACACGACCCGGAGAGUCUGAUCCACGCGUACGUGGAGGCGCUCUGCUGCGUGUCGGGCCUCUCGGCGGACAGCGCGUCCGCAGCGGAGAGCGCCAGCCGUCUCUUUCACACAGUCGUCGCUAGAGCGAAACAGCAAUGGCCGCUCGCGAACGCGCUCCUUCGGGCCUUGCAACUUAUUAAAUCGGAAAACAAAGACUACAAGGUACGCUGGCGCCUAUCCUCCUGUUACUUGGUACUGGCAAAGCAGAUCGACGAGCCAUACUUCCCCAACGCUCUCCGAGACACGCUCAAGUUCUUCAUUUCAAGCAAGAUGGCGACAUUUCCGGGUGAAGUGAAGGACAUCGUCGAGAAACAUCCGAACUUAUAUACUUAGAAUAAAUGAGUUGAUAAGAA